AUGUCUACCCCGCCGGCAACCCCGAUCGAGUUAGACGUCCGACCCACUCCCGAUAACCCGGAGGCUUCCAAGUUCGCCGCGGCUAACUCUGGCCUCGACUACGAUGUCCUCAUCGUCGGCGCUGGUCUCAGCGGUAUCUUUUCCAUGUACAGGAUGAGGGAGCUUGGCCUCCGCGCCAGGGUCCUCGAGGCCGGAUCCGGCGAGGGUGGCACCUGGUUCUGGAACCGCUACCCCGGUGCGAGGUUCGACUCCGAGAGCUACUCGUACAUCUUCUCCUUCUCUCAAGAAGUCCUCGACGAGUGGAACUGGACCGAGCACUUCUCCCCGCAGCCCGAGACCCUCAAAUACAUCCAGUACCUCACCGACAAGUUCGACCUCAAGAAGGACAUGCAGUUCGACACGAGGAUACAGACGGCCAAGUGGCGCGAGGACAGCAGCUCGUGGCUCCUGACCGACCACUCCGGCCGCACCUACACGUGCCGCUACCUCGUCACGGCCAUGGGCAUCCUCAACGAGCUCACGCUGCCCAACAUCCCCGGCGUGCACGACUACCAGGGCCAGGCGUGGCACACGGCCCGCUGGCCCGCCGACCACUCCGUCCUCAAGGGCAAGCGCGUCGGCAUCAUCGGCACCGGCGCCACCGCCAUCCAGACCAUCCAGGCCAUCGCCGGCGACGUCGGCAGCCUCACCGUGUUCCAGCGCACCGCCAACUGGACCGCGCCCCUGCGCAACACCAAGAUCAGCCCCGAGGAGAUGGCCGAGAUCCGCCAGCGCUACCCCACCAUCUUCAAGCAGUGCCUCGAGUCCUACUCGUGCUUCGUCCACGUCGCCGACCCCAACAGCGUCUUCGACAUGACCGAGGAGGAGCGCCUCGCCCGCUGGGAGAAGCUCUACGAGACCCCGGCUUCGGCAAGCGCCUUCUACGCGGAAAAGAUUCGCGCCCGCGUCAAGGACCCCAAGACGGCGGAGAAGCUCGUGCCCAAGACCCACGGCUUCGGUACUCGUCGCGUGCCCCUCGAGAGCGGCUACUAUGAGGUUUUCAACCAGGACAACGUCCGCCUCGUCGACAUCCGCGAGGACCCCAUCGAGAGCAUCGUCGCCACCGGUGUCAAGACCCGGGACGAGCUCCACGAGGUGGACAUCCUCAUCUACGCUACCGGCUUCGACGCCGUCACGGGUUCCUUCAACGCCGUUGAUUUCGAGGGCGUUGGCGGGGCCAAGCUCCGCGAUACCUGGGGCGAGGGCAUCCGCACCUACCUCGGCCUCACCGUCAAGGACUUCCCCAACAUGUUCAUGAUCAUGGGCCCUCACCAGAUGUUUGGCAACAUCCCCCGCAGCAUCGAGUACGCUGUCGAGUGGGUGGCCAACUACCUGCGCUUCGCCCGCGACAACAACAUCCAGUCGCUCGAGUGCACCGACGCCGGCGUAGAGAUGUGGACCGAGCACGUGCACGAGUGCGGCAAGGGCCUGCUCGCCAACGACGUGGACUCGUGGAUGACGGGUGUCAACAAGAACCUGGCCCACAAGCAAAAGAGGUCCAUGACUAGGUACAACGGCCCCGCGCCGGGCUACAGGAAGAGGUGUGAUGAGGUGGCGGCGCGGAAUUACUCUGACUUUACGCUGAAGCAGGGGUAA